AUGUCGCAUCUCCGGCUUUUCCAUGAGCUUCCCAUCUCUUCCCGUCCCUCCUUUUGGGAUGCUCUCGCUCCGAGACACCCCCGAGCAGCUCAGAGACAUUCAGGCCGGCCCUUGUUUCAUCCCUGCAGCAGAACGAGGCUGUUCCAGGACAUUAUUUCCCUAAAUCCUUCUCUCCCCCUCUCUUUGGCAGCUAAGAAGAAGAACAAGAAGGGCAAGACCCUCACUCUGACGGACUUUCUGGCGGAGGAUGGCGGCGGCGGCGGUGGGCCCACCUAUAUUCCCAAACCCGUCAGCUGGGCCGACGAGACAGAUGACCUGGAAGGAGAUGUUUCCACCACUUGGCAUAGUAACGAUGACGAUGUGUACCGGGCCCCUCCGAUCGACCGCUCCCUCCUGCCCACGGCCCCGCGGGCCGCUCGGGAACCCAAUAUAGACAGAAGCCGCCUCCCAAAGUCGCCCCCCUACACGGCCUUCCUGGGAAACCUGCCCUAUGACGUGACGGAAGAAUCCAUCAAGGACUUCUUCAGAGGACUCAACGUGAGUAAGGGCUUGGAGCGCCGGCCUGGGCUGGAACAGGGAGCUGUGCCCCAUAAUUCAUAG